GGGUCCCGUUUUGGAUGAUCCCGGAUGAGCGAAUGGUGCGACUGUGCUAGAUAUUUCCUGGAGUGCCUUUUUGUCUUACUUACGUAGAGAGAAAUAUUAUUGUGCCUUUGCAACUAAAACCAGCGAACGUUUCGUGCCGUGUAGUGUGUAGUCCCGUGAAACGUGCGCCAAACUCGUGGCUCGUUGUUUGUUGUGUUUGUUCUGCGUAUGUGCGUUUGUUUGUGUGUGAUACCGUUGACUCAUUUGUUUUGUUGAUCAAAGGAGUCGUCGUCAUCAUCGUACGGUAGCGGAUACGGCCAGUGUACCAGCGCGAACCAGGGAAAGAAGUAACGGACGGACGAUCAUCUGUGUAGCCCAGUGUGGUGGCGCCGUUAAGGGGACAGACGACAAUCACCAUCACCCAGCAUAUCAGCGCACCCACCCGCACACGGGGACACGCAUACGUGCGCCUAAUAUACACACUGUGAUAAUAAGCGGUACAUCGGGCAGGAAAAAGGCGAACGAAAGCAACAAUCCUCUUUGUGCUACUGUUGAAUGCGUACGAACCACACAUAUUUGCCUAGCUAGACACACACACACACCAGCACGGCUGAAUGCUGUAGACGGGACGGAUCGGGGGACGGGGCACCGGAGCCGGAGAGACGGAACGUGUGCGAAGCGAAGGGAAAGAAAGUGACCGUCUUCUUCGUCGUCGCCGUGGAUCUUCAUCUUUCGAGGCCGCAUCGCACCGAGUAGUGGUCUUCAAUUUGCGUGCCUCCUUUUCGCGGCUACGGCUUCCGCGUCCUCCGUGUGGACGGGCGAAAUCCGAAAGCUCCGAAACAACAUCACCCACCCACUCACCACCAAUCAGCUGUUCCACGAUCAGCAUACAAACGCUUUUUUGUUUUUUGGCAAACGGUGUGCUAAAGACGCACGACGGUCAGUGAGUGAUUUCGAACGCAAACCAUUAAUUCCGUGAACAAAAAUGUGGAGUCCAACGCACAUUCAAGUGACAGUGCAACGCGCCAAAGGCCUGCUUAUCAAGGGUAAGGGCGGCACAAACAACUGCUUCGUCAUCAUCGCGCUUGGCAAGGAGAAGUACCAAACGUCCAUCAAACAGAAGGCCCCCGACUCGGUCAUGUGGAAUGAGGAAUGUGAGCUCCAAAUCCCGACGCAAGGUAACCAGGCCCAGCUGGUGCUGACCGCGCUCCACCACAACAGCGUUGGGAUGGACGAGUUUCUGGGGCGCGUCGUGCUGCCGCUGAACGAGAUGGAGGUGUACGAACGGCCCCGCGCCCGCUGGUACAAGCUCGAGAGCAAGGAUCGCGAAAAGAAGAAGGAGAAGGAUCGGGGCGAGCUGGAGGUGCGCAUCUCGUUCACGGUGAAGGCCGGCUCGCUGACCGAUCUGAGCAAGAAGGAGAAAAGCAAAAGCUCGAUCAGCAACCUUGCGUCGAGCGUGGGCGGAUCGCUGCUCUCCAUCGGGGCGAUCGAAAAGCGCAAAGGGCUGAAAAAGAUUGCGAAAUCGAUCGGUUCGAAGAUGCACAUAUCCGGUAUGGGCAAGAAGGAGCGUAAGGAGCGGGACGGUGCGGACGAUUCGUCCAUGUACAGUGGGAGCUACUCGAGCCUGGCCGGGACUGGUGGUGGAGGAAGUGCCACCCCGUCCACCGCCUCGCUGCACCCAUCGUCCGGCGGGCGGCAGUCGAAGCAAACGUUUGGCGAUGCGGACCCGGGCGUCAUCAGCGAGGACGAGGACGAGUUCGUGCUGGACAAUCUGUCGCACAAAAGCUCGAACGGUUCGCUUCACUUGCGUGCGGCGCAAACGAACGUUUCAGCGCCGCCGGUGGCCUCCACACCGCAUGCCGCCACACCGAUCGAGUGGACGGGCCGGGAUAGCGUCACACCGGUCGCCGGCGAAAAGGUGGACGAAUGGGAACAGAAGCUGUACGGGAAGCAUCUCGACAUUGGCAAUACCGAUUCGCUGAAGCGUCGCAGCUGGGAAAGUUCGCGCGUCAUGCUGUCGGCACGGCGAGACGAAACGGAGCAGGAAGCGGAAGCGGGCGAACGGCAGGAGCAGGAGCGGGGCCGUUCCGUGACGGCACCUACCUCGCCCGAGCUGGAAGGUAAGGCGAACCACCACCCAAACACCGCCAAAGCACCGGCCCCGACCCCGAAACCAUUGCCCCGUGCCGGUUCCCAGGACAUCGCCACCGUUGGCCGCCAGUCACCGACCGUACCGGUACUGCCGGACGUCAAGCCGGAAAAGGAAAGCUUCACCAAGAAGCUGAAACACUUCGUGAAGGAGCACCGGGGCAGUGGCCAUCGGGCCGAUUCGCUCGAGAAUCUUUCCUCGUCCACGGUGGGGGUGGCCGGUAUGAUGGCCGGCCACAAGAAGCACGGCACGAAGCAGCUCGGCACCGCCGACCAGCGCAUCAUCAUUGGGGGUGAGAAUGGGGAGCAGAUAGCGGCGGCGGCCGCUGCAGCCGCUGCCUCCCAGCGCCAGUCCAAGCUGGCCCAGGUGUCGCCGGAAACGCUCGCCAAGUACGAGGGCAAGUCGCGCGAGGAGGUGAUCAAGAUAGCGAGCACGCUCGAGAACGAGGUGCACUACCAGAAGCAGAAGGUAAAGGAGCUGGAGGACUACCUCGACAGUCUGCUGCUCAAGGUGAUGGAGUGUCAUCCGAAGAUACUGCAAAACCCUUACCAGAAGGCUGCGCCGACGAAAAGUGGAUGAUUGAUGUAUACCCCGGCCGGAGGUAGUAAUUUUUAUAGAAACAUAUUUGUUUUUGAAAACGUUGAUCAAAAUUACGCAAAUUACAUCGUGAUACCCCGGACGAGCGGAACGUACGGGAGCGAUACACAUAGAUUAGAUAGCACUGGGGGAACACCGAUAGAGCAGCUAAUAGGGGAAAACACAAUUACUCAUUAAUGGUAAACAAACACACACACACACACCUCUCGAUGAAACAAUCAUUUUUAUAUGUGUGUGUGUGCGUGCAAAAAAGGCAAAGAUGCAACCAAACUGAGCAACACCGAUGUGCGGGCAGCGAACAAUUUAUAAGUAUAAGGACUCACAUUUACAAAACCGUUCAAUCAGUGAAAAACCAGCGCUAGCCGUCGACGUACAUUGACUUCCUUCAAUAGAGCGUGUAGGUGUGUGCGUGUGUAUGAGAAGGCGAGGAAAAGCUGGUGAAAGGAAAUCGCAAUUACUCGCAGCAUCUUUAGUGGGUUAGGUGAGGGGGUGCGUUGUGAAGGGGGAAGAGAUUUUAGGUAGGCGAAAGGACAUAUUAUACAAGUAUGGGUGUGUGUGGGUGUGUGAGAGCGAACGUACUUUUUUAAUCUUCCGGGACGAGAUCCAUCCAUUCCAAUUUUACAACAAAAUUUAUAUGUGCAUUUUUUGCGGCGUCGAUAACAAAAAGAAAAAAAAAAACAAAACGUGUCCCGUCUGUUUUGCCUGUCACACACCACCCGGUCUCUUCACCACAACCCACCAAUCACCACCAGCUGCGUGCAUUUUCUUAGCGUGGCGUCGUGGCAAUGUGACGUCGGCAGCAUAAUCACAGUUAAUGAUCUAUUAUAUUAUCUAUUUGUUAUUAAUAAUAUUAUUUUUUUUACUAUUAAAGAACCAACGUGUAAUACAGCUA